UCUUUACCACCACCACCACCACCGGCCGCACUUCGCAGAUUUCUUUUUCGUUGCCGCCUCCGCUCCCGCCAGAAGCAGCAGAAGCAGAAAGAAGCGCCGGCUGGGUGGGAAAGAAAUUAUUAUUUUUUUCCCGCGAUCUCCGUGGAUCCAAAGUCGCAGAUUAAUAAACAGCCCCGGGGGUCCCCAGCAAGAUGUCGGAACGCAAGGCGGUGAUCAAGAAUGCCGACAUGUCGGAGGAGAUGCAACAGGACGCGGUGGACUGCGCCACGCAAGCCCUCGAGAAGUACAACAUCGAGAAGGACAUUGCUGCCUACAUCAAGAAGGAAUUCGACAAGAAGUACAACCCCACCUGGCACUGCAUUGUGGGACGUAACUUUGGCAGCUACGUGACCCACGAGACCAAGCACUUCAUUUACUUCUACCUGGGCCAGGUCGCCAUCUUGCUCUUCAAGUCCGGAUGAGCUGCCGCCCUCCCCCCCCCGCCCGCCUGCUCCCCCCUCUCCUGCC